ACGGCAGCGGCCGCCAUGUCGCGCGCGGCGCGCUCGGCGCGCUCGGUCCGGGCCGCGGUCGGGUCGGGCCCGGGGGCGGCCCCGAGGCCCGUCCGGAUCCUCAUCCCGGCCGGCGGCGCGGCGCCGGGGCCGCCGCUGGGGCCGGUGCUGGGGCAGCGCGGGGUCUCCAUCGCCGCCUUCUGCAAAGACUUCAACGAGCGCACCCGGGACAUCAAACCCGGGGUCCCGCUGAGGGUCCGGCUGCUCGUGCACCCUGACCGGACCUACUCGCUGACCAUCGGGACCCCCCCCACCUCCUACUUCCUCAAGGCCGUGGCCGGAGUGGAAAAAGGGGCGGCCAGACCCGGCCACGACCCGGUGGGGGUGGUGUCCCUGGCGCAGCUCUUCGAGGUGGCCGUGGCCAAGCAGAAGGAUCCCGGGGUGACCGCCCGAGGGACGCCCCUGCCCGCCCUCGUGGGGUCCCUGGUGGGCUCCGCCCGCAGCCUCGGCCUGCACGUGGUGCCCAGGCUGACCCCCCAGGCCGUGGCCGAGGUCCAGCGCCGGCGCCGGGAGCUUGAGGCAGCCGCGGCCCCCCCGGAGGGAGAGGAGGACAACGAGGUGGGGGCCAAGAAGAAAUGACCCCGGAGACCCCCCCAAACCUCGGGGGGGACCCCCAGAAUUCCCCCAAAUAAAGAGCUCCUUCCCAC